AUGUUGAUCAAGGAAACCCAUGCCGAUGUCCAGACCAAGGUGGAUGGGAAGGAGACCUCGAUGAGGAUCUUCCUCUUCCACCCAACAAUUCCGCAAUACCCAAAUGCGCGAUUCCCCGGUGUGGCCCUAUUCAGCGAGAUCUACCAAGUGACCGGCCCUGUGGCUCGCUUUGCCCGCCAGAUAGCAGGACAAGGCUACAUCGUUGCCGCACCUUCGUCGUACCAUGAUUUCACAGGCCCGGAGGCCCUGGCAUAUGAUGUGCCUGGAACUGAUCAGGGCAACGAAUGGAAAACCCUUCCGUCCUACGAUGAAGAUUCGUACAAGACUGUGGACUACCUGCUCAGCCUUCCCACCUGCACAGGGCUAGUCGGCACGACGGGAAUGUGUUUGGGCGGACACCUGGCUCUACGGGCAGCUCUCGACCCUCGUGUGAGCGCUUGUACUGCCUAUUUCGCGACCGAUGUUCACAGCCGCACGUUGGGCCCCAACGACGGGGCCAACACUGCAGCUGAGGCGCCGGCCGACAGCAUCCAUACCUUGGACAAGCUGAACGAGGUCAAGGGAGAGGUCGCCAUGAUAUUCGGCAUCAAGGACACGCACGUGCCUGAUGGAGGACGAGACCUCAUCCGCCAGAAGCUACGGGAUGCCGGUGUGGUCUUCAGCUUCUACGAGUUCGCCUGGGCACAGCACGCUUUCAUCAGGGACGAACUGAGCAAAGGCCGGUACGACCCGGCCAUCACAAAGAUCUGCUUUGAGGUCCUGCUCGAGCUGUUCGGGCGCACGCUGAAAACGGACCUGGGGCCCAAGGAUGGAAAGCCCGAGAAGGUUGAGCAUGUUUGUUAG